AUUUGAUAAAUGCGACUCUAUUUUAGAAAACGUGUACGAUAUACAUGGUUCAAUUCAUAGUUACGAAAACUAGUUGCAAACCACAGUGACACAGUAUCCAAGAUGGACGACGCCGACCUCGUCGAGCUGAAAGUGUCUCCCGGAAAAUUGACACCUAAAUUUAAUAAAAACGUAACGGAAUAUAGUAUAACGCUUGCCAGCGAUGUUCCAAAGAUUACAUUUCAGUGUAUGACCAGUGAUACUGGCGCAUCCUACCAAAUAGUGGGAAGUGGCGGAAGCAAGACCAUUCAGCUGACUGAGGGAGAAGUUAAUGUCAUCAAAAUAGAAGUAACUGCAGAAGAUGGCGGUACAACAAAAUUCUACCAAAUUAAUGCCAAAAGACUAUCAGCUAAAGAUGCCUCAUUGAUGGGGUUACAGCUGUCCAAUGGUGAAUUAAUUCCAGAAUUUGAAGCUGACACUGUGACCUAUACGUGCUCUGUACCCUUCACACAAAGUAAUAUAACUGUGAAACCAGCAGCACCUGAUAAGAAGACGUUAGUCAAUGUUAAUGGUGGUGAUGUAGCUAUACCUGUGCCAUUGAAUAUUGGAGAGACAUCUAUCGAUGUUACUGUUACAUCAGCUGAUGGCUCAAAUACAAAGGUGUACAGUGUUAUCGUUAGCAGAAAACGCUUGAGUAGAGCUGUACGAUUUGUUGAUUCCAAGUUAUCAAUGAAAUAUGAAUGUCCAAUAUGCCUUGGUGCUUUGUAUUGUCCAACUAGCAUUAAAGGAUCUGAUCCAAAACAUACGUUUUGUUUGCCAUGCAUCAAUGAACUAACAAGGACAUCUAAGUUUGAUCCAUUGGACGAAUCACCUCUAGAAUUAGAUUGGAAAAUAUCAGAGUGUGGAUUGGAUAAAGAAAUGUCAUCAUCUUUGGUGCAUAGUAUCUAUGCAUAUGCUGGUGCAGAGGAAAAAAUGAAAUUCUCUGAACUUGGUACACAUAUUAAAGAAAGUAGUCACAAACCAAAAGACUUGGAGGAGAAUGCAGAAUCCUGUUCUGAUUGCAGCAGAAAGGUCGCCAAAGGUGAAAUGGAAUGGCAUAAAGCUAAACUUUGUACAAGUAAAAACACUAGCCGAGAUACUAAACACAGUGUACAGGUACGUAGUUGGGAGAAACGACUGCAGCAAGUACUAGAUGAAAGUAAUAUCGAUAAGUUAGUCAAGAAUUCUCAAGAUCAACUGAAAGCGUAUAAAGAAAAUCUGCCAAGACACGGUCAAGCUGGUUCUUAUAGUGAAGGUCAUUCACCCCUUGAUGCCCUGGCAACAGCAUCUCAUAAUAUAGCUAGUGCCAUUAAAAUAAAGAGUAAGCAGGCUGAUCUACAUUAUCAGUUGGGAUUGAUAUUGGAAGAACAGUACUAUGCAUCAGAUAUUGAUGGUCCAUUAUUACAUUCAGAAGAUUUAUGGAAGCAAUCUAACGUUCAGUUAUUGAGAGGAUGUGUUCAACUUGGAAAGUUAUUAUCCACCUCUCCACAAGAUAAGUACAUGACAGCGGAAGAAAUACUCCAUAGUGGAGCUAUUAUAGCAGUUAAUAAUCUUUGUUCGCUGGUAAACCGUGGUGAUGUCUAUCAAUCCAUGGAAUGGGUUCUAUUGGACAGUCAUUCUCAACUCUUGGAAUUAUUAAUGAUGAAGAAAGCUGACCCUAACAUAAUAGCUGAACGAUGUCAGAGGUUGUCUGCACUCAUCAGGUCAUUUACAAUACCACACAGUACACAGAUUUUACAACUACAACAAAAGACUUGUCAGACUGGUGUGUUGAUACAACCAUGUAAUAGUUAUUGUCUCUAUCUACUUGGCAAUGCACAACUUGCAAUGUAUGAGAAUGAUCCAUCAUCAGACAAUGGUAAAAAAGCUGCACAAGAUGCACAGUUAUCAUUCCGAGCUGCUAUUGCAUUGGAGGGAAAACCAGUUAGAGGAGGAGAACCACCACAACAGCUAUCACAACAAGAAUGGUGGAUGCAAAUAAAAAAGGAAGAAGAGAGUAAAAAAGCUGCUGAAGAAAAAGCAAAACAGAAAGCUGCCCCUGCUGCAACAAAAACUGCUACUGGACCAGCAGGCAGAGGUGCUGCAGCUGCUAGAGGAGCCCCAGCCGUGAGAGGUGGUCGUGGUGCACCCACUGCAGCUCGUGGUGGUGCUGCUGCUACUAGAGGCAGUGCAACCAGGGGAGGUGCUGGUGCUCGUGGUGGAGCAGCAGCAAGAGGAACAGCUAGAGGAGGUCCUGCAGCAAGAGGAGGUACAAGAGGAGGUGCAGCUGCAAAGCCUGCUGCAGGUAAAGCUGCAGCUUCUGUAAAAUCUAGUGCCUCAGCCGCCACAAAACCUACAGAAGUAGUUGAACCUGCUAAAGAAGAAGAAAAACCCAAAGAAGAAGUCAAACAAGCAGUGCCAUCCAAUGUUCCUCUAAAUAAAAUGACUUACCUACCUAGACUUGGAUUGGCUAGAAUUUUAGUCAAAGACGAUAGCACAGAUACAGCUGAAAUACAAAUGUUAUAUAAUGAUGUUAUAACCAUGGCACCUGGGGUACAUGAUGCUUACAUUGAACUUGGUGAGAUAUUAGUAAAAAAAGACCCAGUACAAGCUGUUGAUGUCUAUGCAAAGUUUCCGUUUCCUGAAGGAGAUUCUUCCUUUGAUGAUGCUUAUAUUCAUGGUGAGAUCGUGCGGUUAUUGAUGAAAGCUGAAAAGUAUGAUGAUCCUAGGCUUGAGAAACACAUGAUAGCGUGGGGUAGAGUCAUGGGUAUAGGUGCCUUGGAGAAACAUGUGGAUGUCCUAGAUUCCAAGUUCAAGACUAAAUUAUUAAUGAACGUUUAUGCUGGAGUCAAUAAGAAAAAUGUUGAUGAUUCAGAUAUGCAAGCAUUUUUCAAGUUCAAGAUGUGGCUGUAA